GCCAUGGCGACACUGAGAAGUCCAGGCUCACAAGGCUACGUGCCCCUGGCCGACGCUUCACCCGAGAGCACCGAGGAUCAUGUAGUUUUUGAGCCAGUCAAAACAUGGAAGGGAUACAUAUGGGAUACCUGGGAGCUACCUCAGGAUCAGAGGCGUUUAUUGUUCAAGGUCGAUGCUUUCAUCCUGACCUUUGCAUCAAUAGGUUAUUUCCUCAAGAACAUCGAUCAGACCAACAUCAAUAACGCUUUCUUAAGCGGCAUGGAGGAGGACCUCGAGAUGUUUGGAAAUCAGCUUGUGACUAGUGAAUCGGGUUUCUAUCCCGGAAUUCAUUAUAUGCUCGGUUCCUGGUAUACGCCGAGAGAGAUUGGGAAGCGAGCCAUGCUAUUCUGGCUGGCUGGCUCGGUUGGAUCUAUGUUCAGUGGCUUUCUUCAAGGGGCUGCGUAUACAAAUCUAAAUGGCGUUCACGGACGUGCAGGCUGGCGUUGGCUGUUCAUCAUCGAUGGCCUCAUCACCAUCCCACUGGCAAUCGCCGGUUAUUUCUUCUUUCCAAAUCUACCACAAGAUGGGAAGCGAACUUGGUGGACAACUGAAGAAGAACACAUUCUGUCGGUCAAAAGAAUGCAGGCAAUUGGGCGCGCAGGCAAGCAGCCUUGGACCAAGGACAGGGUAAAGAAGGUUUUGUCCAGUUGGCACACUUACCAUCUUCCGUUGCUGUACAUUCUUUGGAACAAUGGUAACCCGCAGGCCGCUAUGGGUUACUGGCUGAAGAGCUUCAAUGACCAGCCUCCCCCGGUUCCCGGGACCUCGUUUACUGUUCCUGAGAUCAACAACUUACCUAUUCCUAGCACAGCGAUCUUCCUUGUCAUGGCACUUUCUUGGGGCUGGCUUUCAGAUGGGCCUCUACAGGGAGCUCGCUGGCCGUUUAUAUAUGCCGGAGCCAUCCUUAUCAUCAUCUUCAACAUCCUUCUCUUGAACAUGCCACUCUACUCCAAUGUCGAUGGAAGAAAGGUUGUCUACUGGCUCAGUAACAUUGGUCAUGGUGCUGGGCCUCUGAUCCUCAGUUGGAUCAACGAGAUUUGUUCUGCCGAUACAGAAAAGCGAGCCCUGAUUGUGGCCAUAGCCAAUGACUUGGCUUAUGUUGUACAGGCUAUUGUGCCCAUUUUCAUGUGGAAAACGACGGAUUUUCCGGCUGCGAGGAAGGGAUACACGUACUCAACCAUUUUACAAGUACUGCUGAUUCUGGAGACUGGUUUUAUUCAAGUUUUGUUGUGGCGUGAUAGGCGAAAACCUGUAAGGUCUCGUGGUGUCGAGUCGCCGCCUCCACUCAUAUACUCAGAUGAAGAAGAGGGCGAAGAGGCCAAUAAGCCAGGAGAGCCACAUUAUUCUCAUACUGAUUAGACAUUGAUAGACUACACUACAUUGUAGAAGAUAUAGAUGAAGCU